GUAUUUGUAAACAAAAGCGUUUGGUAAGCAUGUGAUCGCCUCCAGUCGAGCGGAGAUACCAGAAAUAAACAGGAUGUUGUCAACAGCGGCUGUCGUGUUCAUUUUAGUCAGCGUAACAUUCGCCCUUCCUUCUGAUUUCAAACUUCCAAAAUUGAAAGAAGCUGGAACACAGUGGGCUUUGCUUGUCGCUGGAUCCAAUGGUUGGGGAAAUUACAGACACCAGGCAGACGUGUGCCAUGCCUACAAUAUUGUGCGUGGCCAUGGCGUGCCAGAGGAACAGAUCAUUGUGAUGAUGUAUGACGAUAUAGCCUACAACAAAGAGAAUCCCAACCCAGGGGAAAUCAUCAACCAGCCAGGUGGGGAGAAUGUCUACAAAGGAGUGAAGAUAGACUACAGAGGAAAGGAUGUCAACCCGACAACAUUUCUUAAUGUUCUUCAAGGGAAGGAGGAAAAUGUCAAGGGCAUCGGCAGUGGAAAGGUUUUGAAAAGUAAAUCUACUGAUAAUGUUUUUGUCAAUUUUGUGGAUCAUGGAGCACCUGGCCUCAUCGCCUUCCCCGACGAGUUUCUUCAUGCCGUGGAUUUGAAUAUUGUCCUGGACCGAAUGCAUGACAACAAGCAGUAUCAUCAGCUUUUGUUUUACCUGGAGACGUGCGAGUCUGGUUCAAUGUUCAGCUCCCUGCUUAGGAAGGACUACAACAUUUUGGCCGUAACGGCCGCCAAUUCCACCCAGUCCUCCUUUGCCUGUUAUUUUGACACGAAGCUGAGGACAUUCUUAGGAGAUUUGUUCAGUGUUAAUUGGAUGCAAAACUCAGACAAUCGUAAUUUGAACUCUGAGACUAUUGAUGAACAGUUCAGCAUUGUCCGGAAGGAGACAAACAAGAGUCAUGUGAUGGAGUUUGGAGAUUUGGCUAUGAACCAAUUGAUGUUGUCAAAUUUCCUGGGAUCAGAACAAAACAAUCACAUUGUUUUAGAUGCACCGAACCCGAACUUGGAUGCUGUACCUUCCGAGGAUGUUGAUAUUACCAUCCAAAGAAAUAUUUACCAAGCGGCAAAAGAGCAAAAUGAUAAAAAAGAAAUGGAAGAGAGUUGGGCCAAUAUAGCAGCCAUUAUGAAGAAACGAGAGGAGACUGACAGCAUCAUAAAGCAGAUUGUAUCACUAGUGGCAGGUGACUGGAACUUUAGGGAACAGUACCAGAUGUUGACAGGGGAGAACGACCUGUUCAAGCUUGAUUGUUACGCCCCCAUUGUGGAGCACCUGAAGGACAGCUGUGGCGAUCUGGAUCUACCAUCCAAUCGCUAUUCCCUGAAACAUCUGCGGAUUGUGGUGAACCUAUGUGAACGCCCGUACUCGACUGACGCCAUAAUCAGUGCAAUUGACAAAGUGUGUGUGUAGGCUGUAGACUGAUGUCUUACUUUGUCUGCCAUGUUUUACCGGUGAAACCCAUACUGGGAUCACACCAACGCAUCGUAACUUCACACUGAUUGUUUCAACUGUCUUAAUGAUGAUCAGUUUUUAUAAAACCAGAAAUCCACGAUCUAAUAUUCGUAACUACAUUCCAUCCAGAAAUAUUCUGUUAUUUAAUUCAAUGUUAUGAUGAUUUAUAUUCAUUUGAGCAAGUUAAAUCUUAAGUACAACCUACUAGCUGCUGUGAGUAGGUUAGAUUUGAAGAAAAUAAUUCAUGAAAAUGGAUAUAAAUGUAAAUGAUAAUUCUUCAUGAUAUUAUAUAAUUGUUAUAU